AUGGAGGGGGCGGAGGUGGAGGCGCGUGAGUGGGCCGCGGUGGCCCAGGACCUGCAGCUUUUAGGGUAUGGGGCUUUCGUGGGGGCGGCGUCACGGGGCACUGUGUGCCCAGACUUCAGGGCGCUGUGCGCGCGGCUGGCGGCGGAGCUGGCGGCCCUGGGCGCCCCGCAGCGGGGGCAAGAGGAGGGCGCUGAGACGCCGAGGGCGAGCGACGCCCUGGACGCCGAGGAGCAGUUCCUGCGGCAGUUGGGCGACCAGCUGCGCGCGCUGCACUGCCCGGACCGCGCGCUGUCGGGCGGAGCCUGCGCGGCGAGGCUGCGCGAGCCGGGCGCCUGCCUGCGUCUGCUGCGCUUUCUCUGCUCCGAGCUCCAGGCAGCCCGUCUUCUGCGCCUGCGCCAACCACUGGACCCCAGCCCUGCACAGCUCUUUGGGGAAGGAACCGAGGAGGGAGCUGACAUGGUCCGGGAACUGAUCCUUAUUCUACAAACCCUGGGCCUGUCCAGACCCGCGCAGGGCACCCCUGCCAGCAGGCUACUGCAGGCGUUCCAUGCCAAGAUCUCAGAGCUGCUCCCUUCCUUGACCCCGGCGUCCAUGCAGCCCCUCCUCAGCUGCCAACUAGAUGCGCCCAGAUGGGAAGCCUUGGAGUCACUGUCCCGAAGCCUGAGAGAUCAGUACUGCUGCCGCCGCUGCCUCCUCCUCCGACGGCUGGACCUCACAACCUCUGCUUUCCACUGGAGUGAGCGGGCCAAGGCCAAAGGAGAGGCCAUGAAGGCCGUGCUGACCCCAAUUCGAGGGGUGCUGACCCCAGACUCGGAAGUUUCCAUUGCCCAUGUCCUGGCUGCCCGAGCUGACCUGUCUCGCCUGGUCCCAGCCACCAGCGUGGCAGCCCGUCGGGGGACCUGUUGUGCCAUCAACAAGGUGCUGAUGGGCAAUGUGCCAGACCGGGGAGGCCGUCCCAGUGAGCUGGAGGCCCCCAUGCCAUGCUGGCAGAGCCGAAGAGAGGGCGGGGACCGGCAGAAGGCAGGCCACCAGCGCCGGGGCCGCAAGAAGAAGUAGCAGGGCGACUGGAGGUGGUGGGUCACCUCCACAGACGAGGUCCAGCGAGGGGCCUCCUUGGGGAGUCGGUUUGGGGGUGGGUUCUAACUCCUGCGGGCCCCAGACAGCCUCCUGCGCCAUCCACCACUCAACACCAAGGGCUAAGUCUCUCGGAAAAUAAAUUUAAUUUGUGACACCUGUA